CCUGAAGGCAGUGCUACUAUCGAUAGUGCAGAUAUUAAAGGACUUCGCUCGACUUACGCUCACUUCAUACACUGAAGCUAUCGACAAGACACAUGUCCACGUACUGGCACUCUCAACGCCCUGGAAAUUUUUCCAUUUACUCAUUUCUAUGGUAUUUAGCGUAUAGCUCUCAGUUUACCUCAACAUGGCUUGUUCCCAUGUCAGUUCUCAAGAGCUAAGAGAGCCAACUACAUCGCAAGUCGUAUAUCGAGAAGAUUGCACACAGUGUUUCGACUCCAUAGACGAGGACCACGGUCUUAAUGUCUGUUUAACAUGCUUCAAUGGUGGUUGUGCUGGCGAUAGGAACCAUGCCCUUCUUCACUUCGAACGACUUGGCCACCCACUGGCGCUCAACAUCAAAAGAUCACGUAAAGAGGUCCAGCGAGACGAGCCGCCACACAAGAUAUCGAAGCUUGCAGUUGCUGCUGAGACCGACGAAGAUCGGUAUCUCACAAAGACACAUGUCAUAUGUUAUUCGUGUUGCCAGGAUGGUGUCGACGCAUCGAGUGGUAAACUACCGGCUGUAAUCGAUGGCGUAAUGAAAGCAAUGACCUUCUCCAAGAGAGAAGAAGUCAAGGCUUGGGAGCAGGAGUUUAUUCCCUGUGAACAUACUCUCGGUUUGGUGCAGCGAGAAUCACGACAAAUUGAGUCGAAAGAUCUCGUCCAGUGUUCGAUGUGUAAUUUGAAAGAAAACCUUUGGUUAUGCCUAGAAUGCGGUAACCUUGGCUGUGGCCGCAGUCAGUUCGGCGGUGUUGGGGGAAACUCACAUGCUCUGGCACAUUCCGACAUGGAAUCUCAUCAUGCUGCAGUGAAACUCGGUUCAAUAACUGCAGAUGGGUCUGCAGACAUCUAUUGCUAUAGAUGCAAUGAAGAAAGGACCGAUCCCAACUUGGCCACUCACCUUGCCAACUGGGGCAUCAAUCUGGCAGGCCGCGAGAAAACGGAGAAGAGUCUUAUGGAAAUGCAGGUUGAGCAGAAUAUGAAAUGGGAAUUUUCGAUGACUUCUGAGGAUGGCCACGAAUUCACCCCGGUGUUUGGCCCUGGAUUGACCGGUUUGACUAAUUUAGGAAACAGCUGCUACCUAUCCAGUGUCAUUCAAUGCCUUUUUGAUCUUCCCGAAUUCCAAAGAAGAUACUAUCACCCCGAUGAGAAGCCACCACUCUCAGAAAAGCCAGCGGAGGACCUCGAGACUCAGCUGCGAAAGGUCGCAGAUGGCAUUCUUUCCGGGAGGUACUCAAGGCCUGAUAGCAACGUCAAAGCUUCGCCUGAUUCAGCAGAAGUUCCACAUCAAAGAGGCUUAGCGCCUGCUAUGUUUAAGCAUCUUGUCGGGCGUAACCAUGAGGAGUUUUCGACGAUGAGGCAGCAGGACGCCUUCGAGUUCAUGCUUCACCUCUUUAAGCAAAUCGGUCUGUCCAAGCACCCCGAGGGGUUGGAUAACCCAAUUGCGUCAUUCCGGUUUUCUAUACAACAGCGUCUUCAAUGUCUGCAGUGCAGAAAGGUUCGGUACAAAAUUGAUGAGCAGGAUAAUAUUUCCAUCCCUGUUCCCGCUCGUCGUAUCUCUGCGGAUGAUACCAGCUCUACGAACAACUUUGAAAGUGUGACUCUGCUAGAAUGUUUAGAUGCCUUCACAGCUGAUGAAGUUGUUGAACUCAGCUGUCCCUCAUGUGGUGGCACAGACGGAUUCAAGAAACACUACUCAUUCAAAACCCUGCCGCAGGAUCUGGUCAUCAAUGCGCGGAGGUUUGAGUUGAUAAAUUGGGUUCCCACAAAGCUGGAUAUACCAGUAGAAGUUGAUGAGGGGCCGAUAGAUCUCGGUCCUUACCUUUCCCCUGGGCCAGAAAAGGACGAGGAGCUUCUCCCCGAUAUUGAGGCUCCUGAGAGCUUAUUUAAGCCGAAUGAAACUGCUAUGCAGCAACUUCUCGCCAUGGGUUUCCCCCAACCAAGGAGCGAGAGAGCGCUCUAUAUGACUGGCAACUCAGACCCGGAGGCCGCCAUGAAUUGGCUUUUUGCUCACAUGGAAGAUCCUGAGGUGGAUGAGCCCCUCGAUAUGGUGCAGGCUAACUCUCCAGGAGACCAGCAAGAUCCAGCGAAAGUGGCACAGUUGGCUGAAAUGGGCAUUAAUGAGGUCCACGCUAAGAGGGCAUUAGCAGCGACAGGUGGUGAUGUCAACAGGGCGAUCGACUGGGUGUUUACCCAUCCCGAGGACUCGAUGGAAAUUCGUGCUGACACUCAUGGAACCGGGGGCGCUUGUAUGCUAGGAUUUGAUACUAUUCCGGCAAGAUAUCAACUACGGUCAAUUGUGUGUCACAAAGGCUCCUCUGUACAUGCCGGGCAUUAUGUUGCGGUUGUGCGAAAAGCACUUCCAGGAAGGAGUGGCUCAUCUUGGGUCAUGUUUAAUGACGAAAAGGCCGUUCAGGUGGAUGAUAUCCAGGAGAUGAAGAAGUUUGCCUAUGUAUACAUAUUCACUCGAGUUUGAGUGCAUUUUGUAUGCUAGGCAUGUGAAGGAUCCAUGCAUGUUUUAUACGUACUGUGAUAACUCUAGAUUCCUACAGCACCUUUGGUGUGAUAGAUUAGCCUCAGACCGAGGUCUCUAUCUUAUCAGUAGGCUGUAGCAGUCCAGUAGUUAUACUAAUAUCAUCAUAAGACAUAUCACGCUGGCCAAGGCUAUACAGAAAGUAUGAGGCCUCAGCCUCUCAUGCCUCCUCACAUAAUCCCGGCUGCUCCCUACACUAACAUAACAAGAGCCUAUACUGCUUUGGGAUUUGUAUAGGCCCUAGACAACAGCAGACAGACAGAUAAAAAAAGUGAAAGC